GGGCCGGGCAGGGCCGGGCGGCUCCCGCCGCCCCCCGCAUCACAUGAGGGAACUUCGGGCCAAUGGCGCCGCGGCGGGGCCGGGGCCCCGUUCGCUCCCGCGGACGCUCAUUCAAAACGCGGCCGGGCUCGGGUGCCCGCAGCCCCGCACGGCGCCCGGGGCUCGGCGGGGCGGGCGCUGCCGGCCGCGAUGCCCGGCGCGGCCGCGGGCUGAGGCGGCCGCCCGCCCGCCGCCAUGCCGGUGAAGAACCGGUACAACCUGGUGGACGAUGGCUGCGACUCCCGCGUCCCGCUGCACAACGAGGAGGCCUUCCAGCACGGCAUCCACUUCCAGGCCAAGUACAUCGGCAGCUUGGACGUCCCCAGGCCCAACAGCCGCGUGGAGAUUGUGGCAGCCAUGAGGAGGAUCCGGUAUGAAUUCAAAGCCAAGAACAUUAAGAAAAAGAAGGUGAGCAUCAUCGUGUCCGUGGACGGGGUGAAGGUGAUCCUGCGCAAGAAGCAGAAGAGAAAGGAGUGGACCUGGGACGAGAGUAAGAUGGUGGUGAUGCACGACCCCGUGUACAGAAUCUUCUACGUCUCUCAUGACUCGCAAGACCUGAAAAUUUUCAGCUACAUCGCAAGGGACGGCGCCAACAACUCCUUCAGGUGCAACGUCUUCAAAUCCAAGAAGAAGAGCCAGGCCAUGCGCGUGGUGCGCACGGUGGGACAGGCCUUCGAGGUGUGCCACAAGCUGAGCCUGCAGCACGCCCUGCACAACGCCGACGGGCAGGCGGACGGGGCCAGCGACAAGUCAGCCGAGGAGCAGCCGCUGGAAGUCCACCAGAUCAAGGGCUCCAAGAUCACGGAUGUGGACGAGGUUGGCAUCGACACUGAGGGCAUCUGUAUGUCCGAGAGGGGACCCAGAGAGCUGCCAGGUGCCAGGGGGGACCUUGGCAUGCUGAAACCUGGGCAAGCCUCAAAGGAUAAGAACGGCCAGGAUGCCGAGAACUGCUCCCUCCACCUGGCCAGCUCCCAGCAGCUGCUCAGCCCGAGCAGCCCCUGCUCCUCGGCCUCCAUCACCCCACUGGCCUCCCAGCACUGCCUCCAGCUGCUCCAGCAGCAGCUCCUCCAGCAGCAGCAGCAGACGCAGGUGGCUGUGGCCCAGGUGCAGCUGCUGAAGGACCAACUGGCGGCCGAGACGGCGGCGCGGAUCGAGGCGCAGGCCCGGGUGCGGCAGCUCCUACUGACCAACCGCGACCUGCUGCAGCACGUCUCGCUGCUGGUGCGGCAGCUCACGGUGCUGGAGGCCCGCGAGGAGCAGCGGGACGAGCACCGGCAGCCGGUUGACCGCUCCUUGCAAAACCUGUCCCUGGCCCAAUCCCUCUCCCUGAACCUGAAGAACCACUACAGCCUGGACGUCCACCUGCCGUCCACCUCCACCCCUGCCAGCAUCCUGGGCAGCCCCGUGGCCCCCGGCUCGCUGCCCACCCUGGGCCCCAGGGACUCCUACCUCAACCUCGUCAGCCUGGACAGGGGCAGCCACCGCUACAGCAGCAAGGAGGGGGACGAGUGCCUGGCGGUGCUGGAGGGGCAGGACGGGCUCAGCCGGCGCGUGGAGGGCUCCGAGGUCAGUGACUUUGCUCUGCUCAACGGGAGCAGCCGGCAGAAGGCAGAUGACACAGACAGAGGGGACGAGGACAGGCACCAGCCGCCCAUUCCCAAGCUCAACCCGCCACCGCCCAUCCUGCGCAAAAGGUCAAGCAAGACCUCCCCGAGCCUGGAGGUGGAGGUGAAGCCUGAGAGCGCUGCCAGCCUGAGUCUGCCCAGUGCCAGCAUCUCCAGCCUCACCAGCAUCACUGCCAGCUCCCUCACCCUCUUGGACUCUGAGGCAAGGACUCCCGCACGGAGCGCUGCCUCCAGCAUGGAGCCCGGCCCUGCUGGGAUGUGCCAGCGCAGCCUGGGCAAGGACAGGACUGGAGAGAGCGGGCCAAUGUCCCCCUUGGCCAGCAUCCGUGACCCAGCAGCCAGCGAGGCCCUGGCCAAGGAGUUGGCAGCCCUGGGCAGCCCCACGGACAGCUCCCUGCCCUUCUCCCCUGUGGACGACACCUGCUUGCACAUCAGCUUCUCCGAAGAUGAGCUGGACACUGCCGUGGGGCCCAGCAGGGUCCUCUCUUAGUGGGACUACAGUGGGUGGCAGCUGGUGGCAGCAGCCCCGGCAGCUCCAUCCACAACUCUGUGCUGGGGUUGGGGGUCCCCUUGCUG